AUGUCGGAGGCGCAUGGAAACGGCGAUUUUCCCUCCUCGCCGACUCCAGGCUCGAGCUGCGGCGCGGUGCGAGGCCGGUUCUCGCUGCCGUCCCCUCGGGGCCGCGGCGCCGUGGCCGCCAUCGAGGAGGAGGAAGAGGAGCCGGAGGCGCCGGGCGAGCAGCCCGCGGCCGCCGGCGAUGAGCACGGGAGGGGGCUGAUCCGGCGCUGGUACCGGGAGCUCAUCUGCAGCCUGCAGCAAAAUCGUGAGGAUAUGCUGGGUUCAAAAACCAACAGACUGAUAGAAUCUUUGGCAGAAGCCAAUCAGCUGUUCACUGGAGUUUCCCACCCACGAGAGGCUGCCCUGGAUGCCCAGUUUCUUGUCUUAGCAUCACACCUGGGACAGGAGGCGGCCAGUGAGUUGCACUCUGACGGGACAGCUUUUGAUUCAGCAGCAUUUGCAGGAGACGUGCUAACCUUCAUGGGAAUAAAUGAUAUAGAAGAAAGUCCUGAAGGCACUUCAGGUGGCUGUUUGCCUGGUAAUGCCUGGCAUAGACUGGGAGAAGAAGCAGAGAAACACUUCAGAAGAGCACCCACUUUUCACUAUAUGUUGGGAACUUUCAAGUCUGAUCCUCCUGUACCAAGGCAAUGGAUUGAGAGGCAGAAAAAGGCUGGAGGUGGAGAAGAAAAAAGAGCACGGCUUGCCCAGUUAAAGGAAACGGAGGUGGCUCCUGAGGAAGCCACAGAAAAAGCCGUAGAGAGGAUCUUGGGGUUACUGCGAGCUUAUUUUCACAGUGAUGCCAAUACACCCAUUUCCUUCUUCGACUUUGUGAUCGAUCCAAACUCUUUUGCACGCACGGUGGAAAACCUGUUCCACGUGUCCUUCCUGAUAAAGGAUGGUUUUGCAAGAAUAACACUGGAUGAGGAUAAAUUGCCAAUAAUAGAGCCUUGUGAAGAGGACGAGGGAAGGGAGGAUGCCCGUAGGUCUCCGUCACGGAACCCGGCUGUCAUAUCUCUGAGCCAUGAGGAGUGGAAGAAGGUCAUUGAAGCAUUUGAAAUAACAGAGCCCAUGAUUACCCCUCCUUGUGCCAGAGAUGAAGAUGAAAUGGAGACAGCUUAA